GUGAUGCUUUAAUGAAAACAAAAACUAUAACUUUAACACAGAAGAAUAUACUGGUGAAUGCGUAAUUAGUUUGCUUUCGACUUGGAUUACUUUUUCAAUUUGGAUUUUUGGUGGUUUUACGGGCAAUAUAAUUUAAUGUGAGGAGACUGGAGGGACAAGGACCAAAAUGAAACAACUUAUCCUUGCCACAUAUCUGUCAGCCUUAAGUUGUUUGGCCUCAGAACUGUCUUUCAUUUUGGAACCAAGUGAUGUGAUCGCAGUAAGGGAUCAACCGCUCAUGCUGGAUUGCCAGGUGCAAGGCGAGCAACCGAUUACAAUCACAUGGCGUAAAAAUGGGUUGCCCUUACCCUUCAGCCCACGAGUUGAGGUACUGGAAAAUGGAACCCUGUUAAUCCAUAGAUUCCAGAAACGCAGAGAGGGGACUGAUGCAGACAUGGGCGAGUAUGACUGUGCUGCACAGAAUCGUUAUGGCUUGCUGGUGAGCCGCAAAGCAAAAGUUCAUUUGGCAUCUCUUCCAAAGUUCCACACUCAUCCAGUAUCCAUGUCUGUGAAUGAGGGAGGAGUUGCUCGUUUCCAGUGUCAAAUAAAUGGUAUUCCUGAGGCUACUAUAACAUGGGAAAAAGAUAAAGGACUACUGAACACUUCUGACAGCAGGUACACUCUUCUUCCAAUGGGUAUCCUACAAGUAACAGGUGUAAGGAGGGCAGACACAGGGAUUUUUCGCUGUGUUGCCACCAAUAUUGCAAACACUCGUUACAGUCAUGAGGCCACACUCAAUGUUACAGGUGGAGCUCCUAGAAUCUAUAAGGAGCCAGUCAUCCUGUCUGGGCCCCAGAAUCUUACCAUCACUGUCCAUCAGACUGCCAUUUUGGAGUGCAUCGCCACAGGAAACCCUCGGCCCAUAGUUUCUUGGAGCAGGCUAGAUGGACGUUCUAUUGGAGUGGAGGGUAUACAGGUACUCGGGACGGGCAACCUGAUGAUCUCAGAUGUUACCCUCCAGCACUCUGGUGUUUAUGUGUGUGCUGCCAAUCGGCCUGGUACCAGAAUGAGACGCACAGCACUGGGACGCCUGGUGGUACAAGCUCCACCUGAGUUCCUACAAUGGCCACAGUCAGUGUCCAGACCAGCAGGGGGCAGUGCUGUAUUCACCUGUGUUGCUCAGGGUGUCCCUGAUCCCCACCUAAUUUGGCUGAAGAAUGGCAAAGUCUUGAUGCCAGGACAAACUGUCAAGCUGACAAAUAACAACAGUACAUUAGCUCUGACCCGUAUAAGCUCAGAUGAUGAGGCUAUCUACCAGUGCAUCGCAGAGAAUAGUGCUGGUACUAACCAGGCUAGUGCCCGUCUAGCUGUGGCCCAAGCUAAAGAUCUGCCUGCUGCCCCCCAAGGCCUCAUGGCGAGUGCUUUGACCAUCAACUCCCUGCAAAUGACAUGGAGUCCUCCGCCCAUCAGCAUCGCUGAUAGCAUCAUCGGAUAUGUCUUACAUAUCCGCAAACUGGGCGAACCUGAUCAUAUGGAACUGCAGGAGGCCAUAAGUAAGGACACUUUUCAGCACGAUGUAACCAACCUGGAGCCUGGCACAACCUACUCUCUCUAUCUGAAAGCCUACUCUUCCUUGGGGGCAAGCCAGCAGUCCAACAGUGUGAUUAAAACAACACUUGGCAGUGUCCCAGCCCCACCCAUCUGCUUUACCAAGGUACUUAACUCCACCACUGUGCAAGUCUUCUGGGAGCUACCUGCUAAGCCGGGCAAAGUUGAGGGCUUCAAAUUGACAUUUCGCAGAAUCCCCCUCACUGACUACCAUGAGCCAAUUGAACUACCUUUUCAUGCCUGUGCUCACACCAUAUCAAACCUUGAACCUAGAGCUGUGUAUGAAAUUAAACUGGUGGCCUACAAUGGAAACGGAGAGAGUGACUCCUCCAAGAGGCUGGUGUCGCUUGCAGGGCAAGGCAUAAGUGACCAAAUCAAUAGUGGAAACAGGUUAUGUGAGUGCAGGGAUGCUGAAGCCUCUCUGGGCAGCGUCGUCAUUGGGAUUCAUAUUGGCACAGCCUGCAUAAUCUUUUGUGUCCUUUUUCUCAUAUUUGGAUACCAUCGCAGCCUGUUCUGCAGUGAAGGGACUCAGGUCAACUGGCCCAUACCAAGAUUCCACGGAGGACAGAACAUCCCUAAAGGGGGAACUCACUACCCCCACAUGGAGUCUGAAGCUCAGCAGAUGGUCUGUCCUCCACGUUGCCAAGUUAUAAUCGAGCAGAAUCCGACAGGUGUUUCUGGCAUGGGAACUGGCUGACAUUAGUCAAUAUUACCACUUCAUCCUCCUUUAUUUUCUCCCCUACACUUCUUUCAAUGCCCAGUUUAAAAUUGGUAUAUUAUCCAAAAACUUCAACUAGUUAUGUGCUCAUUUGUAGACUAGGAUAUAUCCUGGUCAUUUAUAAGCCUGAAGCCAAUCUCUACCUCUAUCGCAGACCAAAGCUUAUUGCCCUUAUUGUUGUGCUGUUGCACAUGAGCUUCAUUCUCUGUUAACUUGCCUGUGUGCUGAGAAAUUAGUGUUUCUCCUGAUAAUGACUUACGACAGAAUUAAGUUUGUAUUUACACCAAAGACAUGUCACUUUUUCACUAGAAGUCUGCUUCAUAACCAAAAUAUUCUAGUCUACCAAUCUUUGGUGAAAAACUGACAUGUCAUGAUGUGUACUACAGUUUAAAACCCCAAACUGAAACCAAAUUUUAUUAUAUGGCUGAGACUAUAUGAUGUAUGUUGGGACAACAUUCCCUUCUAAUCUAAAAGCAAAACAGUGGCCUCUGGAAACUUUUUG